GUUUAGAAAUGGCUGCUAAGAAGAGCAGAAAACAGCGAAAAUACCAAAUUAAACAUAGGAAGAAAUUACUGGCAUCUACCGCACAGUCUAACAAGCCCGAUGGCGAACCUGAAAAAAGCGUUAGCAAUGAUUUGCCGGAGGAAAAUGCGCAACAUACUUAUUUUGAUGACAAUGAUGAGAACGUUGGAGCAAAAGAUAUCAUAAAUGGCAUAUCAGAAGAAUCCAGUAAACUUGCCAAGAAAUGCACAAAGAGACGACAUAGAAAGCGAGCACGUCGCGUAUCCACCAUUUCCAAUGGGAAACGACAUAAAGGAGAUGGCGACGCAGUCGGAUCUAGCGAGGAAGUCGUGGCAUCCGACGUCGAAAUUGCUGCACCCAUCAAAGUCGCAUCAGCUGAAGUCGCGGUUGCUGUAGCCACUACAGAAACCGCUUCAAUCAAUGCAAAUGUUGAUGCAUUUGCUAUAGAAAUUUCUUCAAGCAAUGCCGCAGCUGCUGCAUCUGCCGUAGAAAUUGUUUCAAGGUCUUCACGCAAGCAAAAGCAGAAAGUUCAAGGAGACGUUCAAGAGACCAAGAGUAUAUUAUCAGCCGACGUGAAACGAUAUUUGAUAAAGUUACUAGCACCGACCCCUGCAUUUAUGAAACUGUCGAUUUUGAACCAUGAUUGGCGAAGGCUAUGCCUCGAACAAGCCGGGCGAUGGUCGAGAAGUGGUCUCACCGUUGAUGUCGCUCGCUUCUUCAGCGAUAACAAUCCAUUCGUGCGUACAUUUGUGGAGGGAGACGGUAGAAACAUAGCGAAAAGCUUUCACGAUGAUGUUCGAAAGCUGGUGAGAGCUUUGGUCAGAUUAGCCGAAUUCAACCCUAACAAAGCUGGGAGCUCCAACUUGAAGCUGGCCAAUUUUACGCCCUCAGCCUUGGGUUGGUUCCAUACCUAUUCUGAGGAUCAACUUCCACAAUGUCCUUUGAUAUUGCGCGAGAAAAUACGAGAUCUCUUCCUGCAACACUUUAACGGGACAUCCACUUAUAUAUACUGUGAGCCAUUGCUUGAUUCUGCUAUGUUUAUCAACACCGUGUUCCAUGCCCAAGAUAAAGUUACCAUAUUAGACCUUGGGGAAAUUACGGGUGGGCAAAGGAUACUGCAGUGCACAUUGCCGAAUUUGGAAGAGCUUGUGUGGCACAACGUUGAUAUGGAUCAUCUCUUGAAAUCAGAGUUUCCAAAACUGCGCUCACUGUCGAUAACUGCGGAAGCGAUAUCGGUGCAUGGGUUUCAGCUGUUGUAUAAAUGUCCCAGCGUGGAAACGCUGUAUACGGGACUGAGAGUUCCAGAUAAUCCAACAAGGUUUGAUUUGGACGUGUUGUUGCGAUGCUAUCAGUCUUUCUGGAACUCGGCAUCAUCUGCAGAGGAAGAAGAGGCCGAAGGCGCAGAAACUAGAAAAGGUGGUUAUCAGCUCACUAAGCUACCAAAGCUUACCCAAUUAUUCUCCAUAAUGGCUCGAUGUGACAUCGGUUUUGAAACUUUGCAAUUUGGGCAACUCAACCAAGCUUUGACUCGAUUGUGUUCGCUGGAUUCAGUAAUGCAGGCCUUAUUCAUGUUCAACCAGCCAAAGUAUGACUGCUAUAAGCUGAGCGUAGAUCAUUUGCGGAUGUAUUUGCACGCAAUGCCCGUUGUAUCAUUAGACUACUAUCUGCCUCAGUUGAUGAUGGGUAUCAAUGAUGCUUUGUGCUCCAUUCAAAGCCUCGCUCUAUUUAUCCACUGCUCAUUUUCGGCUACAAUGCCAUCUUCGUGGGUAUUAGACGGCCGGUUCAAAAACUCUCAAUCAAAACUCAAACGACUCACUCACUUCUCACUUCAUAUAGAUAGUUUUUGUGUGUUUGACGAUCUCGACUGUCACCUCCCUCCUUGUCUUACCUGUAUUUCGAUUUCUGUGAUACUUCCUACCAUUGGAGCAUCAAAGUCAGUCUCUUCACUUUUAGCAUUCAUUAAGCGGCUGGCCAAUGUAAAUUCCUAUCCCGAUCUUGAGGAGUUGCACCUACAGGUUUGGGGCGUCCGAUGUGCUGAAAGUCUUCUCAAUCAAGUAGCCGAUCACCUUUCGGAUAUCAGAAAACUUAGCGUCAUUGCUAUGCCGGUGGACGAGCAGAGAGAUCGUCUUAUAGAUCUAGUCAGGCAUGUUGCAAGCUCAUGCCCACGACUGGUAUCGCUUCAACUAAGCGCAGACAUGACGCGCUUGCUGGUGGAUGAGUAUGGAGAUCUGUGGAAGACUAAUUGGAGAGCUGCCAUAGUCAAGCUGAGAGAAGAGUGUGGGAUUCGAAAUGUGUGCGAAUUGGGUGUAGGUGUGCUGCCUGUAACCUAUGGCUGGGAUAAAUACGUUGUCGCGCCUUGUUAUCCUGAGGUAAAAGAAGCUAAUUUUGGCUUGGAUGCCUCUGAUGAAGAGGAGAAUGAAAAGUUGGGUGGUCAGUCAGACGUUGACGACAGCUGUUCCAACGACUCCUUUGUCGUGGGUAGUGACGAAGAAGAUGAAGAGGAAGGAAGCGAAGAUGAAAUAGAUGAAUGUGAUCGUAUGUUGGAAGAAGAAACGAUACGACGACAUGAGAGAUAUCUGAGAAGGAAAGCUAGACAACCUUCCACAUCUUCUGAAGAUGCUGUGGAAGAACAUCAAGAAGAUGAAGAUGGUAGCGAUGUAGAGUGGGAGACCGAUUAUGAGGAUGAAGAAGAAGACAGAGAUCAGCAUAAUAACCCAUUUGUGGACGGUGAAGCUGAAGAGGUUGAACCUGGAAUGGAAUCAAGCGAUCAAAGCGAUACCGAACCAGAAGGGGAUGAUAUGAUUGAUGAGGAAAUGCUUGAAGUGCUUGUUCACGAAGCCCGAUUUGAGGUGGUCAACGCACGGCCGCGAAGGUCUGUGCAGACAAAGAAAAAGAUCAGAAUAAUUGAAUCAGAUAGUGACUGAAUCAUGCUCUUCCUGCUACGCUAGUUGUUAUAUGCAUUGCUGCGAAACGAAAUAUGGCUGUUUAACGUAACCUCGAUUUCAAUCAUCGCCUUAGCUAAAUGA